AUGGACGAGGCCAGCAUCGAGAAGCACGUGCAGCCAUGGCAGCAGGUGCUGGCAUUCAUCGCGCGCACGCAGGCCACCCAGGCAAGCCCAAGCCGGGAUAGCCGCCAGGAUAGCCAGGAUGGGGAUGAUAGUGAUGGUGGUAACCAUGGCAAGUGGCUGGGGAGGUUACCCGCGUAUGGGAUGACCCCGCGGCAGCGCCAGAAGUGGCAGGUGUUAUGGCAGCUGGCCAUGCCAGCCAUUAAGAGGCCCGAAGCGGAAGCCCAAGCUAGUGGCCAAGCGCGUGCGCAAGCCCGAGUCAGGCCAGGGGUGAGGGUGGUCCACACGUUCGCCGGGGCAGGCCAGAUCAUUGAGGACGUGUGGAGUGCCAGUCCCAGCCCAGGUAGUAGCAGCCCAGCCGCGAUGGAGACAGACGAGGAGAUGGAGAUGGAUAAUGAGGAUGGGGUCCAGGCUGUAGAUGCAGAGGUAGAGGCGGCGUGGUAG